GAGCUUGGAAGACGGCCUGCAGAUGAAAAUCGACGUGGGUUCUGCCCCCAACCAGCUGCCCACUUCCAGCACAGACCCCCGCGACCGCCGAAGAUCGUAUCAGACCCCUGUGAGGGAUGAGGAGUCGGAAUCACAGCGCAAAGCCCGGUCGCGUCUCAUGAGGCAGUCCCGGCGAUCCACCCAGGGCGUCACCCUCACGGACUUGAAGGAGGCCGAGAAGACCAUUGGCCGAUCCGGGGAUGCCAGGGCCACCGAGCAGCGAAUCGGGGAGGACGAGAAGCGGGGCCGAGAAGGGGAGCAGCCGCUGGACACCACGGACUCGGCCCGGCGAUGCCGCACAGCCAACCCCGAGGACUCCUCGGUGUAUCCCGUGAAUCCCAUCGUGGUGAACUCUCAGGCAAAGAAAGCACCGGAGCCCGAGGGGCUGGGGCUGGGCUCCGAGGCGGAGGCCGAGCUGCGGAACCGGCUGGCCGUGCGGGACCGCCGGAAAGGCCGGCGGGAACGACGCUCCACGGGCAUGGUGCAGAACGCAGAGGGCGACGAGACCGAGGAGCCGGAGCAGCUGAAUGACACCGCCCCGGGAUCCAGGUACCUGCCGGCCGGGAGCUCCAGCACGUCCGACCACUUGAACAGCCUCCUGCCCCACCGGACGGACGCCUACGGCUGCGCCAGGCUCAGCAGCGUGGGCAGCGCCGGGGACGAGCAUGAAUACAAAAAGCUCUAUGAAGAUCUCCAGGUGGAGAACGAGAAGCUGAAGGAGCAGUUGCAGGAGACGCAGCUGAAGCUGACCCAGAUCAAGCUGGAGCUGGAGCGGGUGACCCAGAGGCAGGAGCGCUUUGCCGAGCGGCCGGCGCGGCUGGAGCUGGAGAGAUUUGAGCGCCGGGCCUUGGAGCGGAAGGCGGCGGAGCUGGAGGAGGAGCUGAAG